AUGGCAACCGCCGAGGGAAACGAAGGAAACCUGCAUCCAGUGGCACCGCUCAAGCCAGGAUUAUAUGUGCCCACCGUUGCUUUCUUCCCCUCGGACGACACGAUCGAUGUUGGGACAACGGUAUCCCACACCGUUCAACUGAUCAGAUCAGGCAUUUCUGGUCUCGUCACUCAUGGCUCAAACGGCGAGGCGGUCCAUCUCAGCCAUACCGAGCGGCAACUCAUCAACAGGACCACAAGAAAGACGUGUGAACAGGAAGGGGUCUCGGACAUGCCCCUGAUUGUGGGCUGUGGUGCUCAAUCGACCCGCGAGACCAUCCAGCUAUGUCAAGAGGCCGCAGGAUCCGGCGGGACACAUGUCAUGAUCCUCCCUCCAUCCUAUUAUGGCGCUCUCUUGACUACAGAUCUCAUCAUUGACCAUUUCCGCAGUGUUGCCGAUGCAAGCCCCCUCCCUGUGUUGAUCUAUAACUUUCCGGCGGCCUCUGGAGGACUCGAUCUGAGUUCCGACACCAUUCUUGAGCUGGCAAAGCACCCGAAUAUUGUGGGUGUGAAGCUGACUUGUGGGAAUACGGGCAAGCUAGCAAGGGUUGUGGCCGGAAGCAAGGACUCUUCGUUCCGGACUUUUGGUGGAAGUGCUGAUUUUACUAUCCAAACACUGGCCGCAGGUGGCCAUGGUGUCAUCGCCGGCCUGGGAAACCUGGCUCCUCGGGUCUGUGUGGAGCUGAUCAGGCUUUGGCAUGCCGGGAAGCUGGCAGAGGCUGCCCAGCUCCAAGGCCUUGUUGCCAGGGGAGACUGGGCGGCUAUAAAGGGCGGAUUUGUGUCGAUCAAGGCGGCCUUGCAGAGAUAUCGCGGCUAUGGAGGGCAGCCGCGCCGGCCUUGUGCUCUCCUCGAGGGCAUGCUGCUGGAGUCACAGAUGGCCGAGUUUGACGAGAUUAUGGAGAUGGAGAAGCAACUGGCCUGCUAG